ACGGCAUCUUGCAACUUCCUGCAGUGCCUGCGUGCUGGUCUUUUCACAGGCCCACAACAACUGACACCUGAAAGCAUUUUAAGAACUUGCUCCUGCCCCUAGGGCACGCUUGAUUCUGGACAAGCGAACCUCCACUCCAGGUCUUGGCACUACGCAAGUCUAAUAAAUAUCAAUGCAGCGUUGCAGGCACGUUCCUCUGCGAAUUCUUGCACCUUGCGCGCAUCAUGUCUCCUGCUCCUCACGCGCAUCAUCCGCCAGGUCCCCCGCCGCCCUUAAACCAGUCGUGCGAGAAUUGUCGCGCCCUCAAAGUCCGCUGCUUGCCCGAUCCCAAUAUUCCGCACCAAUGCCAGCGUUGCACACGCACCAGGCGGACCUGUGUCUUUGCGCACACUCUGCGACGCCAGCCCCGGAAAAAGACCGGAUCACGGGUCGCUCAGCUGGAGCAAGACGUCCGCGAUUUACGCGCUCUGCUCCAUGAGCAGAACGGCCCGAAUUCCAAGUCAACCCCGGUCGGCGGCCACACAGCGGCCGCCGCUGUUUCCCUUUCCCCUCCGACCACCACAGACACCGCUACCGCCACCAUUGCCAGUCCCGUCUCAGAAACCAUUCCCACUCGUGCGACGGUCACUACCCCAUUUGCCGCCGCUAUUCCCGACUCCGCCCGGGGCCAAACUACCUCCGCAUCUUGUCCCCCUCGUCCGAUCGGGACGAGUCCGACCGUCGAUCACUCUUCCCAUGUAAGCACCGCUGGCUCGACCUUUAUGGGCUCUGCAGCUGGCGCUGGAGAUGUGAUCGAUCGUGGGGUUCUCUCUCUCGAAACCGCGCAAAUGCUACUGUCGGUGUUCAUCGCGGAGCUCACUCAAUUUUAUCCGGUGGUCGUUCUCCCAGAUGAUACGAAUGCCGACUUCCUGCGCAGGGCGAAGCCAAUGCUGUUCCUGUCCAUGAUCGCUGCUUCUGCGUUGACGCUUGAGACACCGCACGCGACCGUUCUGCAUGAGGAGCUUCUCGCGACUUUUGCGCAGCGAUUUUUCCUGAGGCAGGAAAAGUCUCUGGAUCUGGUACAAGCCCUUCUCAUCAUGCUCAUCUACUACUUGCCGCCCAAAUCAGCGAUACAUGGGCAGUAUUACCAAUAUACACACAUCGCAACGACCAUGGCGCUGGAGCUUGGCUUAGUGGCGGGUGCGGUUGGCCGCAAGAAUCAACGCUGCCAUGCUGGCGAGGGAGAGCUGCCCCCGCCAGUACUGAGUGACCAAGCACGAGCCGUGCUCGGCUGCUACCACUUUGCAUCCAAUGUCAGCAUGCAAACCCGACGACCGAACAUGCUUUGCUAUAAUGCUGUCAUCGGUGAAUAUGUCAAGCAUCUCAGCGAUUCCCCCAAUCCUCUCGACCAGCAAUUGGCGGCAUGGUUCGGACUGCAGCGGAUAAUAGAUGAGACACUGGCGGCGGCCGGCCAUGACAAUACUCUAACCGACACACCCAUGUUGGAAUCCCAAAUGGUGCCGAUCCUCAAAUGGUUCGACACUCGUAUGCUUCAGUGGAAGAUGUCCCUCCCGAAGGAAAUGUUCACGACUUGGAUGACUCUCGAAUACCACUACCUCUACCUCGCAGUCCACGAACAUGCCGCCGGCGAGGGCUAUCGCGAUCCCGACGCCCCCACGCGCAGAUACUACACCCUUCCGCCUCUCGAGGGUGACACCGAGCGCCACCGGGCCAACGUCCCGCUCAGCGCGGCGCGGGUACAGAUCAUCACCAAAUGGAUGCUCUCCGCCCAGCAACUCCUCGACCGCUUCCUGCAGUGCGACAUCCCGACCAUGCGCAGACUCCCCAACAUGACCUACACGCGCAUGAUCCUGGGUUUUUCCUCCCUUCUGCGCAUCUACCACAUGACCCAACUCGGCCCGUUGAGCGAGGUCAUCACCCCGCAGAUGAUCAACGUUGACGAGUACCUCGACCGCCUCGCGCAGGCCCUCGCGGACGCCUGCGACAAUCAGCGUUGCCGCGUUCCCAGCAAAUGGCACUAUGUCGUGGCCGUCAAGAACCGCGAGUGGUACGAGCAGCUGCAGCGACGACUGGCCGGCUACUCAACGGAGAGUAGUACCUCGUAUCUGCGCGGGAUCUUCCCCCCGUCCUCCGGGGCCUCGUCGGAAGUGGCUGGCACCAACCCUCCUGGGAUGCUGCCCUCGCUUGUUCCCGGGGGUGCCGGUGCCCCCGCGUACAUGGAGUCGUGGUACGCCGCUGCCGCCGCCGCGGCCGACGACCAGGCUGCGCGUCCGGAUGGGGUCAGGGAUAUCCCGGCCGUGGGUGGCGCGGCGGCGCCCAUGAUGUAUCUCUCGUCCAUGCCGGGGGUCCCUGGGCCCGUAGGAACGGGUGCGGGGCAUUUCGCGCCGCCGGCCGGCGGCCAUCCCGGGUGGCGGCUAGAUGAGCCACUGCCCGAUCUCUCGUUCCCGUAUUGAUAGUGAUGAUAGACAUGUUUAAAUGAAGCGACGAACAUUCCUUUCUUCUUGG